GCCUCAAUGAAAAAAGACCAGCGAAAAAAGACCUACGAAAGAAAAAACAACGACAAAAAAUCAGGCGACUCGCACGCACGAGCGAGGCCUAUCCCGUCGCCACCGCCCGACGCCGCCAGCCCCGUCCUCCUCCCUGGCUCCCGGCGCCGCCCGCCCCCCAUCUCCUCCUGCGAUCCUGGCGUCGCCCCGCCCCACCUUCUCCCUCACUUCCGGCGCUACCUAUCGAUCCCCUCGACGACACAGAGCCGCCGUCCUCUCGUGCGAUCUCGCAGCCGCAUCCGCCAACGCCGAUCCGGGCAGACGCGGCCGUCGUGGAUCACGAGGAUCCGGAUGAUGGGGGCGUGGAGAUGGCCAUGGAUCUGUUACGGCGACGACGGCGCCGGAUCCGCACCCGCAACAUCCGGAUGGAGGCCGGCGACGAACCCUAGCCUAGCCGUCAGCAUCGGGAUCCAACCCCUUCUCUCGGUGUUGGGGCAAGGCGUAUGGGGGUGCUUGUUGCGGCGGUGGACCUCGACCCGGCGACAUCUGCAGCAUCUCCCUCCCGUCGGGCUGCAGGACCUGUACGCCCAAGAGAUGUGAUGUAUGCACCUCAUGGUACACAUAGGGUUUUGAUUUGCUUUCCUUGACUGCAGAAGAUGUUAUUAUGAUGAGCCAGGUCAUGGUACACAGGCUAACUAAACAAGCUUCUGUUGUUUUAUUGUUGGUCGUUCCCGUCCACUGCUGCCAACAGUCAAUUUUCUGCAGGGUUUUUAUUUCUUUCUCUUCCAUCGAAAGCUCCUUUUUGCCACUGAUUAAUUAGUUGAUGCAUGUGGAGAUUUUCGAUACUAGGAGAACCAAGUUUAAACAUGUGCAAUUCCAUCUAUCUAGCAUCAAUGUCGGGUGAGGUUAGACUACAAGAAAGACUAGAUAUUAAGCUUGUUCAUUCUAUCUACACCUUUUGAAUCUGAAGUCACUACUGUUGUAAAUAAUGCUACUUGAGUACCUGGUUGAUUGGUUUUGUUUAUUGUGGCAUUGAGUAGCCUACUACAUUAGUGGUGUCAGCUAUAUUUUGUAAGUUUGUUAUCGAUUCAAUUUAGUUAUUUGUGUGUGUGAUUGAAAAAUAAUGGUUUACAUAUGAAUUGCUACAGUUUUAUAUAAUACUCUUUGAUCUGUGCUGCUAGGUCUGCUACUGCGUGCAUGACAACAUGAGGUGUCGCAAUCGGUGCGGUAUGCUGGUGAUAGAUGUUCUCGAUUGUGAUGCCCA